AUGGUAAACCUUGUUAAUUCAUUACUCCAACAGAAUGCACAGAUGCUUCAGAUGUUGCAACUACAAAACAGCGUGUCAACAAUAAGUAAUCCUGUACCAAAUUUUAAUAUAAUGCCAGAUUUAUCUAAAACUAUUGAGAAAUUUAAUGGUGAAGGUGAUUCUAGCCAAGCAGCAGUAUGGUUAAAGCAAAUUGAGUCUACAGCGGUACUACACAAUUGGCCAGAUGCAUUUAUAUACCAAACAGCCAAAAGCAAUCUCGAAGGUGCUGCAAAGUUCUGGUUUAUAGGCCGAAAUGAAGAAAUCACAGAUUGGUCCAAAUUCAAAACAGCUUUCCGGAAAACGUUUCUGUUUUCACAAAAUAAAACAGAUUUAUGGAGAAAGAUGCAAGAGUGUACUCAAAAUCAAAAUGAGAAUAUUUCCAUUUAUUUCCAUAUGAAAGUUUAUCUAUGCAAAUCACUCGAACUGCCAUUUGAAGAAACAAAAGAACAAAUUGCCAUUGGUUUGUGGAGUAAGGAAUUAAGUAAUUUUAUUAUGUCAAAAGAGCAUUGUGAUGAAGACACCCUGUAUCAAGACAUCCUACACGAAGCAAAGCUAUUAGAUGUUUCCAAAGCUAUUAGAUGUUUCAACUGUAAUGUGAUUGGACAUUCCGCAGUUCAAUGUACUCAACCAGCUAGACAAAAGGGUUCGUGUUAUACGUGUGGAGCAAUGGAUUACCAAAGAAAUAAUUGCCCCAAGAAUGAGUUCAGGAUGAAUCCACCCAAGGUCAAGGUAGAAAGUAACACUGCACUUUUUGUGGAACAGCAUAAUGCAAAUUCAGGUAGUGCUAUAUCCUUAGUAACUUUAGAUACUGUAAAAUCUUUCAAUUUUGAGUUGUCUGAUAUUCCUGAGAAAACUUUCCAGGGUAUUAACCAAAGUAAACUAGAAAUUUUGGGUUCUGUGUUGUUUAAAAUGAAAGUUAAUGAGAUACUUAUUGAUUUACUCAUUUAUGUUGUACCAAAUGAAACCAUACCAUAUAAAUGUCUGUUAGGUAGAGAUUUUAUGCAGAACGACAAACUUACCAUAUCUUUUUCAGGGAAUAAAGUAGAGAUUUCUUCUAAAGAUAUUGAAAAUACAAAUAUUGACAAUGAUAUUUUACAUAUUGACUAUGUAGAUAAAAAUGAAAUUAAUAUUGAUAUCAAUCCUAAUUUAAAUAAUUUAGAUCGACAAAAGUUAGUUGAUAUUUUUAUGACUGAUUAUGUAAAUCCAGAAAGACCUAAUGAACCUAUGACUAAAUGUGAAAUGAAAAUUGUUGUAGAUCCAAAUCAUGUUCCUUUUUAUUAUAAACCUCCACACAGUACUUCCAUUUGCAACUCUGGAGCCUGA